UCGGUUAUUAUCUGCUCUUUGCUUCAUAAUCGCGAAGUCAGUAAUAUUUGUGAUUUUAUUUCCCAAUUAUAUUGCAAAAUGCUUUGGGAAAAAAUUUGAAAGUGAAAAAUACUAAAAGAAUAUUUUUGGACAAAUCUGUGAAAGCUUAAAGAAGCCAAUUAAAUUGGGUAUUUAAUAAGUGCUACGCAAAUUCAAUCAACAGCGAGCCGCUGCUAAAUAUCGAUUUGUGCAAGGCGCUGCCGAGAGUGUGUAAACAUAUUUCUGUAUGUGCGGGCAUAUAUAGUUAAUGGAAUUUGUAUGCAUUUCAUAUAUUGUGCUGACCUCCGCUGCAUCCAAAAAAGAGCAGUUAAAAUAUCACUGAUUCGACUAUUAUAUUGAGACGAUACUAGUUUUCGCGGAGUUUUGCUGCCGUGUGGAAGACCGGCGGACACUCCGUGUUAUAAAACAAAAACAUUCGGGCUGAAAAUUACGAUGGCGCAAACAAAACAGCGUAGUCCGCAGCACAGCUUUCGUAUGCAAAGGUUUCAUCACCUUAUAUUUUUUGCUGUAUUGACAAAUCUUUUCGCUAGUAGCUUGCAGGACUGCGUGUGGUAUGGCGUCUGCAAUGUUGAUCCCGUUAUGGGACAUAAACAAUAUUGCGUUUACAAUGGCACCGCUAAGGUAAUGCCUGCCAAUGGAUUGGAAUUGAUGAAACAACGAUGCAGCCAUUUGCUGGAAGGUGGCGCCACUGAAUUUUGCUGUGAUAGCGAUCAAAUUUCCAUACUUAACGAGAAUAUCAAAUUGGCUGCGAAUUUUCUCGAGCGCUGCCCUUCGUGUAUGGCAAACCUUGUGCGUCAUUUAUGUGACUUAACCUGUUCGACCAAGCAAUCGGAGUUCUUGAAGAUUGCGCAAAGUAGCAUCUCAGCGGCUGGUAAAGCUUAUGCUACUGCAUUGGAUUUACACAUCACUUCUGCUUAUAUGAAUAACACAUAUAAAUCAUGUUCACAGGUCUCAGUGCCAUCGACCGGUCAGAAAGCUUUCGAUUUAAUGUGUGGCAGCUACAUGGCAGCACGUUGCAGUCCAACAAAAUGGUUUGGCUUUAUGGGCGAUCAGGAAUCCAAUCCAUAUGUACCGUUUCAAAUUAACUACAUACAACAUGAAAAUAGCUCAGCCUCACAAGGCUACACGCCAUUGAAUUCGAAAACCACGCCAUGCAAUGAGAAAUUGAAUGAUAAAACUCCCGCCUGUGGUUGCAGCGACUGUGAGGCUUCUUGCCCGGUACCCGUGCCGGAGCCACCACGUCCGGAACCCUUUAAAAUAGCCGGUCUCGAUGCAUUCGCCGUGAUAAUGACUGUUGUCUUUUUCGUAGGCGCACUGCUCUUUCUCAUGGGCGUGUGCCUGUUUCCUUCCAAACGCAGUGAACUAGGUGAAGGUUUGGAUAGUGGCCUAUGUAGCGCCACAAUAAACAACCGUUUUACUGGACAAAUGAGUAACGAGUUCGCACCCGAGGAGGAUUCCCCACUACAAUCGAAAAUGGGCAACGAUGAAAACGAAGUCGAUGGCGCGCAGGGUCCGCUCGAUGAAUUUGAGACUGGUUAUUUUGAAAAUCUCGGCGCUAAGACCGAGAAAUGUCUGGAAACGUUUUUCACCACUUGGGGCAAAUUCUUCGCACGUCGCCCGAAAAUGACACUAGUUGGUGGCAUUUGUUUUGUCAUAGCCAUGGGUUAUGGCAUUAAAUUCUUACACAUCACAACCGAUCCGGUACAGCUGUGGGCAUCACCGCAAUCGAAAUCGCGUAUUGAACGUGAAUUUUACGAUUCGCAAUUUCAGCCGUUCUAUCGUAUAGAGCAGAUAAUCAUCCACGCUGUCGAUUUACCUGAUAUCGUACACAACACAUCUAACGGUCCAAUACAUUUUGGUCCAGUUUUCGACAAAGCCUUUCUCACACAAGUCCUAGAGCUCCAGGAAGACAUCAUGAAUUUAGGAAGAAACGGUAAUGGCACAGUUUUGGAGGAUAUUUGCUUUGCGCCCUUGUCCGGUGAUAGUACCGACAAAAAGGAUGUGUCCAAUUGCAUUGUACAAUCCAUUUGGGGUUAUUUCGGUAACGAUUUGGAGCGUUUGAAUGAAACCGACGAGGAUGGCAAUUUCGAGGUCACCUACUUGGAUGGCUUGUAUCAGUGUAUGGGUAACCCAUAUCUCUGUCUGGCACCGUAUGGCGGACCAGUGGAUCCAGCUGUAGCUUUAGGUGGCUUCCUGCCACACGGUGAACAGUUGUCGGGCGAUACGAAAUUCGAACGCGCAAAUGCCAUCAUACUCACCUUCCUGGUGAAUAAUUAUCACGACAAGUCCAAAUUGGGUCCGGCAUUGGAGUGGGAAAAACGUUAUGUAGAGUUUAUGUUGAACUACACGAGGACGCGCAUGGGCAAACACAUGGACAUUGCAUUCACCUCGGAGCGCUCGAUUGAGGACGAACUAAAUCGUGAAUCACAAUCCGAUGUUAUGACCAUACUCGUCUCCUAUUUAAUUAUGUUUGCGUAUAUUGCGAUAUCUUUGGGUCACGUGCAGGAGGUGCGUCGCGCGCUAAUCGACAGUAAAAUCACUUUAGGUGUUGGUGGCGUGAUUAUUGUAUUGGCCUCUGUGGUCUCUUCAGUUGGCGUAUUCGGUUAUAUUGGUGUGCCCGCAACACUUAUAAUCGUCGAAGUUAUACCUUUCCUGGUGCUGGCCGUAGGCGUGGAUAACAUCUUCAUAUUGGUGCAAACGUAUCAGCGUGAUGCACGUCGCGCCGAUGAAACGCACGAGGAUCAUAUUGGUCGUAUAUUGGGACGUGUUGGUCCUUCUAUGCUGCUGACUUCGGUCAGUGAAAGCUGUUGCUUCUUCCUAGGUGGUCUUUCGGAUAUGCCUGCGGUGAGAGCUUUCGCAUUGUACGCCGGCAUGGCUUUGCUCUUCGAUUUCAUACUGCAAAUCACAUGCUUUGUUAGUUUACUAACACUGGACACUAAGCGUCAAGCUGAAAAUCGUUUGGAUAUCUUCUGUUUUAUACGCGGCAAGAAGAGUGAUGCCUUACCUCACACUGAGGGCUUAUUAUACAAAUUCUUCAAGAGUGUUUAUGUACCGUUCCUAAUGCAAAAGACUAUGCGUGUGGUGGUUAUGAUCGUAUUCUUCGGUUGGCUGUGCAGCAGUGUUGCUAUUGCGCCACGCAUUGAUAUCGGUUUGGAUCAGGAGUUGUCGAUGCCGCAAGACAGUUUUGUACUACACUAUUUCCAAGCGCUCAACAAGUAUUUAAGUAUUGGUCCACCAGUGUAUUUUGUAUUAAAAUCUGGUUUGGAUUUCUCCAAAACAUUCCAUCAAGAUCUUGUUUGUUCCGGGAAGUAUUGUAAUGAUGACAGCGUGUUGACACAAAUCUAUUUGGCCAGUCGUCGCGGCAAUGUGACGUACAUUGCACGUCCUGCAUCCAGUUGGAUCGAUGACUACUUCGAUUGGAGUCAAUCGUCAAGUUGCUGUAAAUAUUAUCCUCAAACUGGCGACUUUUGUCCACAUCAAAAGACUGAAUGUGACAGCUGCGAAAUUGAUAAAACCGAUCGACAACGACCAACUGCGCAUGAUUUCGGCAAAUAUCUAACAUUCUUCUUGCGCGACAAUCCCGACGAUAGCUGCGCCAAAGCCGGUCAUGCUGCCUACGGCAAUGCUGUACAGUAUAAAACGAAUCCAAGUACAAAUCUCUCGACCGUCGAAGCAACCUCAUUUAUGGCAUACCAUUCGAUAUUGAAGACAUCAGCCGAUUACUAUGAAUCACUACGCGCUGCACGUAAAAUCUCCGCGAAUAUAACGCAUAUGCUGCGCGGACGUUUAAUGUCACAGGGUGUGCCAUUUGAGCAAACGCUCGACAUUGAAGUAUUUCCCUAUUCAGUCUUUUAUGUAUUCUACGAACAGUAUUUAACCAUGUGGCCAGAUACUUUGCAAAGCAUGGGCAUUUCCGUACUCGCCAUCUUUAUUGUUACAUUCGUACUAAUGGGUUUCGAUAUACACUCAUCGCUAGUGGUGGUGAUCACGAUCACAAUGAUUGUUAUCAAUUUGGGCGGUAUCAUGUACUAUUGGAAUAUAUCAUUGAAUGCUGUGUCGCUGGUGAAUCUUGUGAUGGCUGUUGGCAUAUCGGUGGAGUUUUGUUCACAUUUGGUGCAUAGUUUCUCGAUUUCAAUGGAGAGCACACGUGAGAAGCGCGCCGCAGAUUGUCUAACAAAAAUGGGCAGUUCGAUCUUCUCCGGUAUUACUUUAACGAAAUUCGGUGGCAUUUUAGUUUUGGCUUUUGCCAAAAGUCAAAUAUUCCAAGUAUUCUAUUUCCGCAUGUAUUUGGGUAUUGUGCUGAUCGGCGCUGCUCACGGACUUAUAUUCCUGCCGGUGCUACUCAGCUAUAUUGGCGCACCGAUUAACAAAGCCAAGCUGGUCAAUUAUCAACGACAGGCCUAUAAAGUGCAAGAAACUUCGCUAUCUACGACGUGAUGCGAAUCAAUAAUUUACCAAAGAGACGAUUCACCGUCAAGUCCAAGAAACAUCAUCCAACCAACACAAUCAACCAGCAUAUUAGCAUUUUUCCAUCAAUAUAUCGGCAGGGCGUGUCUUUAUCAUGCAGCGGACGUGUGAAGACGAUAAUAAUGCGAUGAUGUGGUUGAAAUCAAAAAACGCCCCAGUCAAGUUAGAAAGUGAGCAUGUGUAAGUGACGGAGCAGCGAAACUUUAUUUGCACUUGUAACAGUUCAGGAUAUUUAAAAAAAAUAUAGGGUACAAAGGAAAUAUAAAUGUAUGUAUGUAGUUUAUUGUUUUUAAUUUUUCCCCCGAAUGCGAGAAUUACAACAAAAAAACUGAGUAAAAGACAAAACUAAGAUUUCUUUACGCAGUAAUUUAUAUAUAUACAGACACAGACGCGCGCGUACGCAAACAAACGUUAGUUGUGAAGUUCGUAAAAGGCUUUUGUAUUGAAAAAAUAAAAUAAAAACAAAAAGAAGCACCAAUAUGUACCCAGCCUAAACGAGCUCUGUGAUAAACUUAGGUACAGGAAAAAGAGAACAAAUCAUAGAAAAAAAUUAAAAAAAAACUAUAGAAAAAACAGCAACAACAUUUGUAUUAAACAAAAUAUGCAAUCAUAUUUCCAUAGACUGGUCAACCGCGCAGCCGCUGCGGCGUUGAAAGCAUUCAUGUUUGGCUUUAGAUUUUGAAAGCCGUUAGUAUUUUUUGGCAUUUUUCAAUUCCAUAUUUUUAAUUAAAAAACGUUCUCUCAUACAUCAUACUUUAUAUAGAGAUAUGCAAACACGCAAAAACAUUUUUCAAACAAACUAAGCAAGCAAUAUUCAAACAUACAAAGAAAUAUUCAUUCAUAAAAGAAAUAUUCCUUCAUACAUACAAGGAUCGUAUAUAAAUUUUUAUAUAAAUACUGCUAUAAUGCUAAUAGACUUAUAUAUUCUCUGCAUUCAUUAAAUUUUAUUUUCGAAUCUCUUUUGGCAAAUUGAAUUAAAGCGAAUUGAACUGUUUUUUAGCUGAAAUUAUUUUCCAAAUUACUAUUAUUUGCGUGCUUGGAAGUUCCAUUAUACUUAUAUGUACAUAUAUACCUUCGGUUUGUGUGUAAAUGUAGCAUAUUUAGACUAUAUUAGCUAGCUGUAUUAGUAGUUUGAAAAGCCUACAAUUGUUAUUUAGGUUAAAUGAACUAUAUUAUAUUAUUUGAAAUAAAAAGCACUGUAAUAAAAUUAUUUAUAAAACUGUGUGACAAUUCACUUUACAUGAAA